UGCUACAGUCUAGUACUGGAUAGUUCCGUGUUUGGGCGUCUGAAAACAAUUUUUUGUUCACUGAUACAUGUUUCGUAUAGGUAGAUUCUUUGGUUUUAUAUUAAGGCUAGUUCCGGUUGCAAAGCUUCAUUAUGCCAUCGGUACAAGUCACGAACAAGAAGGAUUGGAGUACUGAAGUAAAAGACGAAAGGCUCAGCAGAGUCAAACAACAAAAUAUUCCGGAUAAAGUUGGUAAGGCGGAGCAUCCAGUCAAAAUGCCUUGCAACCCUUCCUCCGCGACACAGUCGCCACCUCCUACUGACGGAGAGCUUCAGACGAAUCACCAUGGUUACAACAAAAAAAGCAUUGUCGGACGGACAAUAGAGGAGGCAAAAGCUAAGAUGGCAAAAGAAGCACAUCUUUCAGUCCACAGACAUCUCCAGCGUGAAGAUCAUAAAACUGGAAAAAUAAAGGACUUUAAAGUCUCUGGAGAUGCGAAGCCUCGUCAGGCCACUGGAGAUGUGAAGCCUCGUCAGGCCACUAAGACUGAUGGACAGAUAAAAUCAGGGUGGGAGAUCUUUGAAUUACUGUUUUUGGAUGUUGAAGAGCUUCGUGUAAGAAAACAGAGGAGCGUCUCUAGUUCUUGCGAGACGAAAGAAACGCACUUACCCACUCGCAAGGUCAGUGCGCCGGCAGCGCUGCAAGUCUGCAAGGAGUCGCCCCGGGAAGAGCAAGUAUUUGAUGAAUCGCAAACCGAAGAAAAGAAGAGUGAAGAUCCUUUGAAGGAAGUCUCCAAGGAUGGGAAGCGAGUGGACGUGGAGCUGAAGCCCCAAGAAAAGGUGAAGGAAAAUAUGAUCGGAAACGAAGAUGGACAAAAAGAUGACGCUAAAGCGAGGGAAGUUAAGAAACAAGAUAUCGGAAAAGGUGACAGCCAACCAGAACAGAGUUCUUCUUCAGACGAUAAACCCCAAGUGAACAAAGUGGACGCCAGGAGGAAUGAAGCAACAGAAGACGUUUCAUCCGAUGCUUGUGAUCUGAAGAAGGAGAAAGUGAAGGCUGAGGAGGAAGCCAAGAAGACAGUUGCAGACAUUGCCUCACUCACACAGAGUCUUCAAAACAACUUGAAGCUUGAUGACGGUGAGAAGGCUCAAGAGUCUAAGUCUAAAGGCAAAGAAGAGUCUGGACGGUCUAGGUUGAUAUCCAAGGGUAUUAACAAUAUGGGAAGACAAGACGGUAUGAACUUGACGUCGAACACUCACUACAACUUUGGGGGAUUUCAACAGAGUCAGCAUUCUCACUAUGCUGCAGCACAGCCUGGACAGACGCAAGUAGCCCAACCGAAUUUUCAAACCAACGUCCUUCCAUCAUUUAAUAAGGCUUUCAGGCCAAGUGUAGUGAGUCCGCCCGGUCAGGGGAACUACAUGCCCAUUUUCAUGAAUCACCCCGGCACAGUGCACAUGGUUCAAGGACCUGUUAUUGCACAAUCUAAACAGAGCCAAUUAGCUCAGAAUGCCCUGUCCCCCCACCCUCAGAGCUAUCCCAUGAAUGAUUUAAGCAGAGGCGGUCUGACAUAUCAACCCCCUCAGCAGAAGCUACCAGUCGAGAGCACCGGGCAGCCGGUUGAGGUCAGUUGGCCUUGCCCUCUGACCCCAGAAUCCAUCACAGACAUGAUCGACAGCAUGACGAGCGACGAAGAAUCCGUCAAGUCUCCGAUGGAGAACGAAGAACCGAUGCAAAACAGCAGUCUGAUGGACUUCCUUCCGUCACCUCAGUCUCCGUGGCAGACAGCGACGAGCGUGGCGUCGAGUUACAGCCCACAGCACUCCCCGUUCGCAGAGCAAACAGCACCUAGUGUGGGGUCGUCGAUGAGCCCCCAACAUUCCCCGUACCAUGACCCGCAAGGAUCGCCUUUCCAGCAGGUGCCAGACGCCUCACCGUGGACACCCGAUUCCUCAAACAUAGGCUCCCCCGGGGAGUCCCUACCCCCAGAGAGCCCCACGUACAACAUCCAAAUGGGCAUGACGGCCGGCACGAUGACUGUCCAAGACAGGUCUUCCUUUGCCCCCCGAGCUCCAAAUAAACAAGAAGAAGAAAAGAAGAUUCAAGAAAUCGAAAGAAUGCUCAUGAAACCCUCGGACCCAUCUCAGAGUCCGCCCCAAUUCUUGCAAGACUUGGCCCCAUCCAUUUAUCAGGUUGAUCCUUACGCCCAUAUGGCCCCACUGAGCCCUCCGACUGAAGUCAUCCCAGGUUCCUUUGGCACCCACCAGCACUCCCCGAACCAGGUUUAUCAAGCGGGUGUCACGCCAUACAUGGAGGAGUUAGAAUUGUACAAGGCUUUGGUGGCAGAAAAAACUGUCAAUGACAUACUGUAUGCAGACAAAGACCGAGACACUGUUCUUCAUCUAGCUAUAUGCAAAGACCAAGUGGCUUUGUCCGUUGCGAUAAUUGAGCGUCUGUGGAUGGAGAAGAAGUCUCUAGACCUCCUGAACAACCUCCAGCAGACUCCGCUAUAUUUAUCCGUGGUUUGCAAGUUGGACAUCCUUACACAGAGCCUAAUAAGUUCCGGUGCCAACCUGGGAAUUGGUAACAUGGAUGGUAACACGCCCCUACAUGCUGCGGCUAUGAUGGGAUAUACAGAGGCCGUCAAGACCAUCAUCCGUUGUAUGACAUAUAGCCGAUGCAGCUUCCUGGAGUUCAGUGCAUUAUUUGACCAAACCAACUUUGACGGUAAGACUGCCCUGAUGGUUGCCAUCGAGGCACACAGCGAAUCAGUCAAUUGUGCAGAGGUAGUCAGAGUGCUUCUUAUGAGCAACGCCAACCCUAUGAUCCCAGAUGACCAGAGCGGUAAGACCGCCCUCCAUUACGCCGUGGAACUUCAGAAGAUGGACUUGAUCGCUAUCCUGUUAGAUGUGUGUCAGGACACCAGUAAACUGGUCAACGCCAAGAUGUACAACGGAAACACCGCCCUCCAUCUUAUCGUUGGGCGGUGCAUACCAGAGGCCCACAUCCUUCAUAUCGUAGGGGCGUUAAUGAGUAGGGGCGCCAAUGUCAGCAUCAGUAAUGACGCUAACGAGAAACCGUGCGACUUGGUCCGCCGUGAACAUUGUCAGGUCAAACAUCAGCUCCACGGCCGUGAACAUCACAAGCGGUAAAAGCAAAUCUUACUCGCAAGAGGACGACGACUCGACAGAAGUACGCAGGGUUGUUCUGUGAAGCUUGCGUCUUUUUUACUUUCGUCCACCUGUUUUAGACAGGCGCUCCAGAGUCGCGCUGAACUAAAUUCUGAAUUAAGUACAUGAAAAGCUUGACGUCUGAAACAGUAUUGGUUUUAAAUGUAACAUUUUUAAAGAUACAUGAUUUUAGUAGAAUUUGUGCAGAGAAACUAAUAUUUGUAAAGGAUGCCUUUUUUUACUUGAUUAUAAUUAGUAAUUUUAAAUUCCCAUUAUUCUUGGGACAAUCAAAUGAUUAGCUACCACAAUGUCAAAGGUCAUUCUUUUUUGUAAAUAUGAUGACAUCAUCCAUAUUUAAUUAUUAUAUUUGUGUAUCUGUACUUGUGUGUUUACCACCCCUUAUAGCAGUUGAAUUUUCGUUAUAUUGUAUACUACAUUAUAAGACAUUUUGUAUAAAUUUAUUACAAGGGUUUACAAUGUGUUUUUAUUUUAAAAUCGUUAAAUUUUUUCUUUUAAAUUGUUGAGGUGCCUAAGACAUAAAUAUGGUUUUAAUUUUUAAGAUUGUUUGAUUUUACAAGAAUCAAGAUAUUUUUUAGUUCUUGAGUCGGCCAAUUUUCAAAGAUCUCAAAUUGAUAA